GUCUGCAUUGUCCACUCAUUCCAGAGUUCCUUCCAUUCAUCGAUUGCCAUGCGGUGUACUGAUUACAUUCCAGGUACAAGCCGCUCAACACCGCUGCUCGUCCACUAUCGUACGUUCUACACACGCAGGGUAUGCUCCAGCAAACAUCAGCUAUAUCGUAUCCAUCGCACCCACAGUUCAAGUCCAUCCCUGGCAGUGUCCGAUAUGUCCAGGUAUCAGGUAGACAUGCUUUGGUAUAUCGUCAAGUCUGGACGCUCGACAAUGGUUUUCGACGGGGAGUAUUAGAGCUGGUAGAGGGACUACCAGCUCUAAUACUCGUCGACGCAUCCGGUGCAUCGAAGCGUUCACCGUCAACAUCGGGGUUCAGCCUACGCCGUUUCUGCAGCCGGGUAUUCUUCGCGGGUGGCGAUGGACUCAGUGGCGCGGGGACUUCCGGUUCCGAACGCUUAUUAGGGUAUCUGGAUGUACGCGUCGACCGACGUUGGGCCUCGGGCUUUUGUUGUGAUCGCAGUGGCACUGGGCGCAAUCGUCUAUGUGGCAAGUCAGCAACAGCCAAGUACAUUGGCGCGGAGGUCGGUAGCCGACACUACCGUGUGGCCACUACGUCUAUACGUACUACUCACCUGGGUCGUGCGGCGCGUUUUGCGGCCUUUGGGGACGGCGAGCUCUGCGUUAGCGGCCGGCCUUCAUCUGAGCAAGGCGCGCUUGCGUCAACCUUGACCUCAGGGGUAGCAUCCGGCGUCCCGGAGGGAGGCGCCCUUCCAGAAGAAAUCCCAGCGAAAACCGAAUCGACGUCGUUCGGAGCUCUGCAGUGCGCGGACAAUCGUCAGCCAUGGCCGUACCUUCCUCAUAUGGCUGGCCAAUUACCUAGUUCGCGAGGCUACGUCCUCAGCCACCUUCGCGGACGUUGCGUAGCCAGUGGGUCGUGCUACAGAGGAUGGCGAGUCUUCCGGUUGCUGCUGUUGUCUAGGCGCAUCGCCGGGCCCUCCGCGAGGAAAUGCGUCUUGCCUGGGCCGCAAUGGUCAGCGUGAAUCCACCUAAACUACAAGUCCAAGGCGCACCAUCUACCCAGAGUCAACAGGCUCGCGUGGCCGUACCUUCGAGACGACCUCGCGGGAUCAAGGCUAGGGCGACGGCGCGUCAGCACAUCACCAGGUUCACUGGAACUCUGUUGGUGAUUCGACUUACGUAUAGUAGGUCGUGGCCGAA